CUGAACUCACAUGGUCCUGAUCCUGCUCUCGUCUCCUGUGAUCCUGCACUGAACUCACAUGGUCCUGAUCCUGCACUCGUCUCCUGUGAUCCUGGUCCUGCACUCGACUCACAUGAUCCUGAUCUCGCACGCGUCUCCUGUGCUCCUGCACUUGUGUCGCCUGAUCCUGCACUUAUUAGUACUAUAUCGGUCUGUGAAGAACCUCCCCUCUCAUUCAUACCACCAGUCCACCAAACCUCUACAAACACUUCCUGUGCAAAUGGGCAGGUACGGCAAACUGCUACUGUCGAGGAUACAAGAAAACAGCAUGAGUUGCUACUUCUUGCUUUAAAACUCAAGCAUGGACUGACUGAUGAAGCUUUAGAAGACACACUUAAAGUUGUUAACGUUAUAAGUCAGAGGCAUGCUGUGUCAUCUACCAAACAUCACUUUUACAAAACUUUUGAUGACUUGAAAAGAAAUAUUCAGUUUCACUACAUAUGUGAGGGAUGCACAAUUUCUGUAAACAUUGACGGAGAAAAAGUGGUUUGUCCUAACUGUCAAUAUUCUUGUAGUGUAGCCGAUCACAUGAAACAGGGGCACUUCUUUAUUGUUUUUCCACUAGAAUCACAAUUAAGGAAUAUGAUGGAACAAGAGGAACUCUUCAGCCAGUUGACUAGGCCUAACAGUGGUGCUCACUCUAGCCCACUGACAGAUAUCACAGAUGGUGAGCUUUACAAGAGGGUUAACGGAAAUAGUGAAGGCCAAUCUGAGCAUCAAGUCAAUCUCACACUAACCUUUAGCUUUGACGGGGUACCUGUGUUUAAGAAAUCUUCUUACAGUAUUUGGCCACUUCUCUAUACAGUCAAUGAAUUACCACCUGAUCUGAGAGCAAAACAAGUCAUGUUGUCAGCCUUAUGGUUUGGUUCAUCAAAGCCAAACUGUAACACAUACUUAUCACCAUUUGUGAAAGAAUGCAAUCAAUUGCUUACUCAUGGGUUUGAGUGGAUCAGUGCAAAUGGUAUUCGUGGCCGUUCCAAAGUAUUUCCCUUGGUGGCAGUAUGUGAUUCUGUUGCAAGACCGAUGAUUCAAAAUUUUAAGCAAUUCAAUGGAGAAUUUGGAUGUUCAUACUGUUUACAAAAAGGUACAGUGGUUGAGAAGGGUCAAGGUCAUGUACGGGUCUAUCCUUUUGAGUCUGAUACUGAAAGCAGAAAUCAUGGUAGCAGCCUAAAUUUCGCUCGAGAGGCUAUAGAAAAUCACACUACUGUGAAAGGAGUGAAAGGACCGUCUAUUUUGUCCUUGAUCCCAUCAGUUGACCUGAUACAAGGUUGCGUACCUGACUACAUGCACGCCUGUCUUCUUGGUGUUGCAAGAUCUAUGACUUAUAUGUGGGUUAGAAGUGACAAUCAUGAAAACCCAUGGUAUGUAGGAAGGUGUAUCCAAGAGAUUGAUCAAAAACUUCACCUUAUCCAACCACCCUCCUGUGUUUCCAGAGUGCCUAGAUCACUGCAAGAGAGAAACUAUUGGAAGGCGCAUGAGUGGUAUAUGUGGCUUUUCUACUAUAGCAUCCCAGUGCUUAAAGGGAUCUUACCAGAGCGCUAUCUAAUACACUGGACACGGUUUGUGAAGGCUUUGGCAUUGCUCUUAACUGAAAGUGUCACCUUGCAACAAAUUCAGGAAGCAGACAUCAUGCUUAGGAGAUUUGUGAUGGAAAUGGGGGAUCUCUAUGGUAUACAAAAUGUGUCCUAUAAUGUCCAUCUCUCUCUCACCUUGCACAAAGUGUACAACCGGGGAGUGAAGUCUGGUGUGCGGGAGUCAGGGUUCCAGCUGCAGCUCAUCUACACUAAUCACCUCUGCUACAAAUACCCGGUCAACCUACUUACUUCUCCUCGUCAGAUCAUAGUCAAGACAACACGUUAA